AUGGGGGACUGGAACUUUCUGGGAGGAAUCCUCGAGGAGGUUCAUAUCCACUCCUCUAUGGUGGGAAAGAUCUGGCUCACUGUUCUCUUCAUCUUCCGCAUGCUAGUGCUUGGAGUGGCAGCUGAGGACGUGUGGAACGAUGAACAGGACGACUUCAUCUGCAACACGCAGCAGCCUGGCUGCAGAAAUGUCUGCUACGACUGCGCCUUCCCGAUCUCCCUCAUCCGCUACUGGGUGCUGCAGGUGAUCUUCGUCUCCUCACCGUCAUUAGUGUACAUGGGACAUGCAAUCUACCGACUCCGUGCACUGGAGAAGCAGCGGCAUUGCAGGAAAGCGGCGCUGCGACGCGAGCUUGAAGCGUUGGAAUCAGACCUAAUGGAGGCCCGCCGACAUUUGGAGAGGGAACUGAAGCGGCUUGAGCAAGGAAAAUUAAACAAAGCACCACUGAGAGGCUCAUUAUUGCGCACUUACGUUGCUCACAUCGUGACCCGAUCGUCAGUGGAGGUGGGCUUCAUGCUGGGUCAACACCUGCUCUAUGGAAACCAUCUUGAACCGCUGUACAGGUGUGAUCAGGAGCCAUGCCCAAACUCAGUGGACUGUUUCGUGUCACGGCCAACAGAAAAAAGCAUGUUCAUGGUGUUUAUGCAGAUCAUCGCAGCUGUUUCGCUGUUUCUCAGCCUACUGGAAAUCGUGCAUUUGGGAUACAAGAAGGUGAAAAGAGGAAUUCUAGAUUAUUACACUCACGUUAAGGACGAUUUGGAUGAUUAUUGUGGAAGCAAAUCGAAAAAGAACUCUGUGAUGCAACCGGUUUGUGUGAGCCAGGGACGCAAAGUCACCAUUCCCACAGCUCCGACCGGAGGAUACAUGCUCCUGAUGGAAAAAAAACAAGCUAAUGGCCCUUCUUUCCCACCUCUCAUUGGUUCUCCAUCCACAUUCCUUCAAUGUGGGGCCAAAAGAGGUUUGGAGGGGCAAAACGAGGGCAAAGACAGUGUUCCAAGUCCAACUGAGCACACAAGCAGCUGCACCCUCUCUCCUCACAAACUUAAACAACUAGGGACUGAGAACGCCACAUACCCAACACUUCCUACCACCGACUCAACGUCCUGUCCCACUUCCUGUCCCAAUGGCGCAGCAUGGAAACUGCAGCGCAUCAGCAGCACGGUGAUGGAAGGAAACGGGGAAAACGGGGAGUUCUGUAACUGUUCUACGGGAACUCAGCAGUAUGAUUUUACAGCAAAAUACAACAAAUGCACAUCCAAAUCAGAGUCAGUGUGUGACGUAAGCUCUGAGUCACGCCGAAGCCCCGCCCUCUCGCCAAACCGUCGUACCUCAUUGGUCAGCACUGUGAGCAGCAGGAGAGCCACAGACCUACAGAUCUGAAACAACUUUAAGCAAUGAUGUUUCCAUGUUUAAAUAUAAAAACUGUGAUGAAUAAAGGGUUACACGUGCUGAAGUCUCUACAGAUGAUCUAGUGUUCUUCUCAUUUCCUGUUUCUCUUAUUUCCACACGUGUGUCAGCAGCAUAGGACAUGACUUCAGUAUUUAUACUGACAGACGCAGAAAAGUUACACGUGAAUUUAUAAUAGAUGUACUGCUAUAAAAUCAAACAAACCAGCACUUAACCCUGCUCAAUACUGACCACUACAGGAGGAGUAAUAUUAUUAAACUCAUACUCUGCAUGUUUAGAUUCAGCUGCUGCAUUUUCAUUAUAAACCAAUGAUCAGUGUGUGCUUUCAUUCUCCUGCUCAUGCUGAUAAACUGCUCAGAUACAAGAAAAAAGUCUGAAGUGGGUCAAAAAUGUGCUGCAAAUGGAUUCAGAACAAUGACUCAUUUCAUUUAACACACACA